AUGCCCACUGCUUCUCUAUCAAGCUCCAAGGUAAAAGGUAAUUCCAUUUCUCACCAUCUUUAUCCAAUAAAUUCAGUUUUAUGCCAUGAUAAAUUAUCAUCCAAACAUGCUGCCUUUGCCACUUCCAUUCUUACUCACGCUGAACCACACACUUAUGCACAAGCUGUGAAAAGUCUAGAUUGGCGCAAAGCAAUGGAUAAUGAAAUUGCAAGUCCCAACAAAGUUUGCAAGUUGAACAAGAGUUUAUAUGGUCUUAAACAGGCAUCCCGACAAUGGUAUGCCAAAUUCUCUUCUUCCUUGUUACACUUUGGUUUUACUCAAUCUCGAGUUGAUUAUAGUCUCUUUACCAAAAGGAAUGGUACAUCUUUUAUCACAUUACUCGUAUAUGUUGAUGAUAUAGUUGUGGCUUCAAAUAAUUCUCAUGAAAUUUCUGCACUCAAAGUUUUUCUUGAAUCAAGAUUCAAAAUUAAAGACCUCGGUACACUCAAGUACUUUCUCGGAUUAGAGGAAGCUAGAACUUCAAAUGGGAUUCAAUUAUGCCAAAGGAAAUACGCUCUUGACAUAUUACAUGAUGCUAGUUUGAUUGGUUGCAAGGCUACCUUAAUUCCUAUGGACCUGAAUCUCAAAUUCAGCAAAGAUGAAGGCAAGCUACUUCAUGAUCCAUCUGAGUUCAGAAGGCUCAUUGGACGUCUCCUUUACCUCAGCAUCACAUGGCCUGACUUGUCAUUUUCAGGUAACUUGCUCAACCAAUACAUGAGAUCUCCUCGAGUCCCUCAUCUUCAAGCUGCACACAAAAUCCUACGCUAUGUGAAGAAGUCAGCUGGCCAAGGGUUAUUUUUCCCAUCAUCUUCAAUCUACCAGCUCACCUCAUACUGUGAUUCUGAUUGGGCUUCAUGUCCUGAUACAAGGAGGUCAACCACAUGUUAUUGUGUGUUCCUUGGUAAGUCCCUCGUCUCAUGGAAAUGCAAGAAACAAUCAAUUGUAUCUCGCAGUUCCGCUGAAGCAGAAUAUCGUUCCAUGGCUGCUGCAUCGUGUGAGCUUGUUUGGUUAAGAUUUUUACUUGCUGACCUCAUGAUUUCUCAUACUCAUCCAGCCAUUCUUCACUGUGACAGUAAGUCUGCCCUCUAUAUUGCCUCAAAUCCUAUUUUUCAUGAGAGGACCAAACAUAUUGAAUUAGAUUGUCAUCAUUGUGGGGGGAUGUACUAA